AUGAACACCUUCCGACCCUCCGGUCUCGUUGGUCCCGCUCCCGCUGACCCUAGCGUUUUCUGCAAUGAAGCGAUCGAAGCCCAGCUUCAGCUCGAGGCAUCCCCAAUCGGCUCCGAGGUAGACGAGUUGCUUCAAUCGCCACCGGCCUCGCCUAAGCCGAGUGUCAUUCGCAUCAACAGCGCGCCAAUUAUCGCUGUGAGCGACGUCCGAUCGAGUCUCGUGAAACAGUCGGAGUCAGCUUCAAUUGUCAGUCAAAGCAAUAUAACCCAAGGUGAUUCAGAAUCCACAACGAAUGUCACGACCGGCGCCGCCCCUUUGGACGAGCAUGUAGGAUCGCACACGACUGAAAAUCUGUGCGGAAGUGUCGGCUCGCCACUUGGAGACGUAACGCUGUCGAAGGUGAAUCUAGAUUCUCUUUCGCAGUCUUUGGUGAGCCUACGCAAUCAAAUCGACGCUCGCGAGCAGAGAAGUGUCAGGCGACAUCGCGAGAUCGUGAGCGUGCGUAUCCCAGGGAUGAUUCGGCCUCAAACGUGCUUUCGUCGCCUGCUCACCAGCUUCUUGUAUGCGCAGCUAUUACGAUCCUCAACCGCCGAGCACAGUAAACCACUUGGGGUAAGUCGAGACCUGAGCAUGCUCGAUUACAGAGUAACAAUCUCAUUGCUUGCUCGCUGCUCGCUCCUUAUCUUCCAGAGCCGUGCAGACACAAAAGCCAGUAGUAGCAUUGGACCGAUCGAUCCACAGCCUGCUCCUGCGCUUUCGUCGCAAGCGACGCCUCACACGAACGGCGUCAUCGACGCAUUUCGGGCCCAGCCGAGCAUUAGGAUCUCGAUUUUGACCCUCUUCGAUAGCAGUAGCAUCAGCUUGUGUAUUUCCAGGUCCGACGCUCCCUGUCCCUCCCCAGGGUCAACAAGUGCACCGGACGGCGGUCUGCCAGCUCUUGUGCCUUCUGACACACUGAUCAGCGCCCUGCGCCUAACGUACGUCGAUUUCCUGAAGCACAGGCACGAUGCGCACACACAGCUGACACACUUUGAGCGGACACAGGUAUGGCUACAUUGUUGAUCAAAGCGGUCUGUCGGGAAGCUCCAAGCGUGCGCUCGCGGUCAAUGGAAUUGUAUCAGGAUACACCACUAUCACUAGCGGAGGUCUGGCAACAUCGAGCCAUGCCAACAGCGUGGGUCGAGAUCCAGUUGCGGAGAACGAUGGUGAUAUCACUCAGACGGCAGUAUGUGCUCCUGAAGCCACGUCGAAUGACUGGGCAAGCCCUGUCAAACCUAAAGUCAAGCGCAAGUCCGCCACGCCGAGUCGAAUGGAUCGCAAGGUACAGCAGAAUGCAACGCUGUCCAGCACUGAAAGCAGAAAGCGCGCGAAGGGCUCGAUCACUGUUGACACAAAGAAAGCAGCUGCGAUCACUUGUGACCAACACGCAAAGACGUGUACUGCAGACGGCGCAGAGAGCUUCGGACCAGCGGUGUUCUCGCAGCACACGCACGGGCUCACGGUGCGUCCUCCUUGGGCAGAGGAGGCCGCUUCCAACAUCAUGGCUCCCCGCAGUGCUCCUCCUACUCGAACUGCUCCUGCGACAAAUUCCGUCCUCCCAAGCUUUAACGCCUUCGAGCCCAACGGCCCUUCGCCAUUAGCAAGUCUGGCAAACGACCAGAGCGUCACCGUAGCACAGGCCUGUGCAACCUCUGUGCCUGCUGCAGACUUGGAUGCAAGCCAGCGCGCGCAUUCAGAUCUCGAGGGCGUGCUCGAGGCCCACAACUUCCGCGCCAUGUCAACGGACCAAAAGAUUGAAUUCUUGUUCCUCAUCUCUGUGCGCGAGCGACUCUUGUUUUGGCAGACUCGCAGAGGCCUAGAUCAGCAACUUGCGGAAGCGGUCGAUCAGCGUGCUCGUUUGAUAGAUGAGAAGAACGCUGCUCAGCGACAAUUCAGUCAGUACGUACGCGAGGUAAGUGGUAUGACCAUAGUUGCACCCUGAGUCACAAUCAUUGCUUGCUAAGCCUCUGCAAUGCUCCAAGGCGCAAAGCAUUGUGGGACAACUUCGCACCACUUUGCAGUCCAAGGACCAGGAAAUUGAAACACUUCGCAACGAACUGCACUGCCGCAAUCUGACCAUGCCUAUGGGUCCAAGGCCUACUAAUGAAGGGUCGCUCAUGUUGUCGCAAACCAGCAUCGUACCUAUUUUCGCCCCAACUCUCCCGUUGUACGCACCCGGUCAUGCUCAUGCCGCUCAUCAAACACCAGGUCAAGCUCAAGCACGCAAAGAAGCGUUGCGCGAGUUGUCUCCUGUGUCAGGGCAUGCAGGACACAAGGCACUUCCGGCGCCACAGCAGGCGAGUAGCCUUGCGCACUGGCUUUGA